AUGGUAUUUACUAAGGAUCAAGUCGAUUAUUCUUUGUAUUUGGUGACUGACUCUACAAUGUUGCCCCCAGGGGCAACAUUGAGUUCUCAAGUAGAAGAAGGUUUAAUGAACGGUGUCACUUUAGUUCAGAUACGUGAGAAAGAUUGUGAUACCAAGAAUUUUUUUCACGAAGGUGUACUUAUCAAGAAGCUCUGUACUGAUUAUAAUGUCCCAUUGAUUGUCAAUGAUCGUGUAGAUGUUGCCCUUGCCAUUAGAGCAGAUGGUGUUCAUGUUGGCCAAGAUGAUAUGCCAAUUCCAGUUGUUAGAGAAUUAUUAGGUCCUGACAAGAUUAUUGGUUGGAGUGUUAGUAAAGUUGAAGAAGUCGAGAAAUUGGCCAAUUGGGGUCCUGGGAUGGUUGAUAAUAUUGGUAUAGGUAUGGUUUUCCCAACUCAGACUAAAAAAAAUCCAAAAAAGUCACCAAUGGGCACUGCUGGUGUCAUUAAAGUUCUUGAUGCUUUGGAAAAUUGCGGUGCUUCUUGGGUUAAAACUGUCGCCAUCGGAGGUUUACAUCCAGAUAACAUCCAAAGGGUAUUAUACCAAUGCAGCAGUACUAAUGGUAGAAGAUAUCUUGAUGGUAUUGCUGUCGUUAGUGAUAUCAUGGCUUCUGAAGAUGCAGGUUUGUCUACAAGAAUUUUGAGAGAUCUUUUGGAUAGUAACUCAUAUAAAUUUGUCGAUUUUGGUUUAAGCAAUGAAGCUUUGCAAGUUUCAAAUAUCAAUGCUGCCUUACAUCAAGUUCACUUUGCCCGCCCUCUUGUCCAACAUAUGACUAACAAAGUCCAUCAAAAUUUUGGUGCUAAUGUGACUCUAGCUGUGUUUGGAUCUCCAAUAAUGUCUGAAGUUGUAUCUGAAGUAAAAGAUUUAUCUAAUAUUCCUUAUGCUUCCCUAUUGAUUAAUACAGGAACUAUUGCUCCGCUGGAUGUAUUGAAAGCAGCAGUCACUGCUUACAAUGAAUCAAAGAGGCCAGUUGUUCUUGAUCCUGUUGGAUACAGUGCAACCCCAACCAGAAUGUCAUUAAAUAAUGACUUGCUAUCAUAUGGUCAAUUUUCUUGUAUCAAAUGUAAUGCAAGUGAAAUGUUGUCACUAGCGGAAUUAUCUGAUGAGAGAAUGAAAGGUGUAGAUUCUAGUGGUUCGAAUAUUAACAAUGACACUGUUAUUAAGGCUACUAAAAUAGUUGCCUAUAGAUAUAAGACCAUUGCUGUCUGUACUGGCGAAUACGAUUUUAUUGCAAAUGGUACAAUGGGUGGACACUAUUCAUUAGGAACUCAAGAAAUACGUGGUGAUAGUCCAUCAAUCCCAUGUUUUGUAGUGCAUGGUGGUAACAUUCCAAUAAUGGGCGAUAUUACUGCUAGCGGAUGUUCAUUAGGCUCCACAAUCACUUCAUUUUUAGGAAGUUUAAGUUUCCCAAAUGAGGCUCAAAAUGCAGUAAUUGCAGCAGUUACUUUGUAUAAAGCUGCUGGUAAAUUAGCUGCAAGUCGAUGCAAAGGUUCUGGUUCUUUCCAAGUGGAGUUCAUUGAUGCAUUAUAUCAACUAAGCCGUGAGAAUAUACCAGAAAAAUGGGACGUCAAAUAUGAAUUAAUUCUUUAA